UUAAAGUUUGCAAAGCAAAACCCUUCUCUGUUUUUCAUUUAGGGGUUUGGCUCUGGAUCAGAGCAACACACAAACUGGAAAAAACUCUUCAACUCCAUAGCAAUGGCCAGAGCUGCUCUCUUUCACUUGCUCCGAUCGCAAUCCAAGCAGCUAUCAUCAUCUUCCAGAACCUUCGCUUCAGGUUAUUAUCCUUGUAGGUCUGGAACAUGGCCACUUAGCCCAAGUGCCAAACACAACUUCGCCUCUACCAUUCAGGCUACUGCUGCCCAGAAAAGAUGGGCAUCUCAAGCCACCAAUAAAGAAGAUGACAACAAGAUUAGUAUCGGACCACAAAGAGGGGCAGAUGAAAAAGACUCCGCAAUUGCUUAUCAUGGCCCAAUCUCUACCACCAUUAAGAAAGUAAAGCUUCUUUCUCUUUCAACCUGCUGCCUCUCUGUAUCACUGGGCCCAGUAAUAACCUUCAUGACAUCUCCUGAUAUGAAUGUGGUUCUCAAGGGUGCAGUAGCGGCAUCUGUUAUAUUUCUCAGUGCUACCACCACUGGUGCCCUCCACUGGUUUGUAAGUCCUUAUGUUCACAAGCUCAGGUGGCAGCCUGGUUCAGAUAGCUUCGAUGUGGAGAUGUUGUCUUGGCUGGCCACAUCUAUUCCUAGGACUAUUAAGUUCGCUGAUAUUCGGCAUCCAGAGACCAAUAGGCCUUUUGUCACAUUUAAGGCCAAUGGGAGCUUUUACUUUGUCGACUCAGAUCACUGUCAUAACAAGGCUUUGUUGGCAAGACUGACUCCUCAGAAACAUGAGUCCGCUUUUAAGAAUUUGUAACUGAAAACAAAUGAUGAGAUCUCUUGAAAGGUUUGCUUUUAGAACGACUGAACUAUGUUAUGUAUUGUGGUUGUGAUAAGCCCUGGCUUGGUUGAGCCUUUGGGCAGUUUUCCCGUCUGUAUUUGUGAGACAAAUUUUUAGUUGUUUUGACAUAAAUUUAGUUAAUAUCCGAGGUUUUACCGUUCA